GAGGCGCAGGCGCAGCGCGCCGCCGCUGCGGGGAUCCUCGGGGCGCUUCCGGCCUUCGCGGCCAAUCCGUGCGCAGCCGAGCGGGUGGACCGCGAGGAGCGCAGGGAGCCGCCGCCGCCGCGCAGGGGCGUGGAGGGCAGGGGCGGCCCAGGCCGCAGUUGCAAACAUGGCUCAGAGCAGAGACGGCGGGAACCCCUUCGCCGGGCCCGGCGAGCUUGACAACCCCUUUCAGGACCCAGCUGUGAUCCAGCACCGACCCAGCCCGCAGUAUGCCACCCUUGACGUCUACAACCCUUUUGAGACCCGAGAGCCCCCACCGGCCUAUGAGCCUCCUGCCCCUGCCCCAUUGCCUCCACCCUCGGCUCCCUCGUUGCAAUCCUCGAGAAAGCUCAGCCCUACAGAACCCAAAAAUUACGGCUCCUACAGCACCCAGGCUUCGGCUGCGGCAGCCACUGCUGAGCUGCUGAAGAAGCAGGAGGAGCUCAACCGGAAGGCAGAGGAGUUGGACCGGAGGGAGCGGGAACUGCAGCACGCCGCGCUGGGGGGCGCCGCUGCUCGACAGAACAAUUGGCCCCCUCUACCUUCUUUUUGCCCGGUCCAGCCCUGCUUUUUCCAGGACAUCUCCAUGGAGAUCCCCCAAGAAUUUCAGAAGACCGUGUCUACCAUGUACUACCUCUGGAUGUGCAGCACGUUGGCUCUUCUCCUGAAUUUUCUUGCCUGCCUGGCCAGCUUCUGUGUGGAGACCAGCAAUGGCUCGGGCUUUGGACUCUCCAUCCUCUGGGUCCUCCUUUUCACUCCCUGCUCCUUCAUGUGCUGGUACCGCCCCAUGUAUAAGGCCUUCCGGAGUGACAGUUCGUUCAAUUUCUUCGUUUUCUUCUUCAUUUUCUUCGUCCAGGAUGUGCUCUUUGUUCUCCAGGCCAUUGGCAUCCCAGGUUGGGGGUUCAGUGGCUGGAUCUCGGCGCUGGUGGUGCUGAACGCCAACAAGGCGGCGGCCGCGCUCAUGCUGCUGGUGGCCCUGUUUUUCACCGGCGUCGCGGUGCUGGGGAUCGUGAUGCUCAAGCGGAUCCACUCCUUGUACCGCCGCACCGGGGCCAGCUUCCAGAAGGCUCAGCAGGAGUUCGCGGCCGGGGUCUUCUCCAACCCUGCCGUGCGCACCGCCGCCGCCAACGCAGCCGCUGGGGCUGCCGAGAAUGCCUUCAGAGCCCCGUGACCCCCGACCCCCGGCCCUGCCGCUGGAGGGCGCUCCCUCCGCCCCCCCACCCCCACCCCGUCCUGGACGUCUCCGGGACUCGGUGAGACGUCACGACUUGGGGUCUCCUCUCUGGUGACCCCAAGCCCGCAGCCACGACUGCUGACCCUGACUUCGGGGUGCGGGGAGCCACCAACCCCGUCUCGCUUCCCCCGCCACCCCCCGAUUAGGCCACACUACUGCCAGCCCUUACACACCCCACCCGGCUCCCCUCCGCUGUGCCAAGGCUGUGCUUCGGUUAUUUAAAUAAAGAGAAAGAGGAACUGGAACCA